AUGUCGAACUUGCUUGCUACCGAUGUGGUGCGACCCGUAGAGGGCUUCGCACGUCCUUCACAUGAUAUCGACAUGGAGAAGAAUCGCGAAACGGGCAUCAAUGCCCACGAGACUGGUAGCGAUGGCGAAACCAAGUCCAUUGAUUCGGAAAACUUCCAAAACGGUGUUCAGCGUGUACGCGCAAUCACAGAGAUCUGGGACAAGAAGACCUUGAUCACCAUGUUCAUCUUCCUAUACCUGAUCGAAUUCGUCGCUUUCCUGCAAAAUGCCAUGGACUCAUCGCUCGGCCCAUACAUCACCUCGGUAUUCGGUAGCCACGGCCUUCUAACCGUUGCAAGCAUAAUGGCAACUGCACUCAGUGGUUGCAUCCCGCUCGUUAUUGCCAAGGUCAUCGAUGUGUUCGGUCGCGUCGAGGGUUUCUUCGUAAUGCUUUGCAUCAUUGUCGUCGGUAUGGCUAUGAAAGCCGCCUGUACCAAUGUACAAACAUACUUCGCCGGUCACAUUCUCUACUGGUCCGGUCACAUUGGUGUUCUAUUCGUUUGCGACAUCAUGGCUGCCGAUAUCACCUCGCUGAAGAACCGCAUGAUCAUCUUCACUAUCAACGGAACCCCUCGUAUUGCAGCUACAUUCGCCGGACCUAGGAUCGCUGAUCUGUUCUGGUACAGUCCAAACUGGCGUUGGGCUUACGGUGCCUUCAUUAUCAUCUUCUGUGGAAUCUCCCUUCCAGCGAUGAUCUUGAUGAUAGUCAUGUACCGCAGGGCCAAGAAAGCUGGUCUGAUCAAGAAGGUGAACUCGGAUCGCAAUGUUUUUCAAUCGCUGUGGUAUUACUUUGUACAGUUUGACAUCUUCGGUAUCAUCCUCCUAAUGUGCGGAUGGUGUCUCUUUGUGCUGCCAUUCAGUCUCGUCGCCUACGCCCCGCAAAGCUGGAGAACCCCAUACAUCAUCGCUUGUAUCAUCCUCGGCCUCGUUCUUUUCCCCGUCUUCUACAUCUGGGAAGCCAAAUUCGCGCCUGUUCAGUUCCUACCCUGGAGGUACCUCAAGAACCCCACUAUUAUCGGCUCUUGCUUGCUUUACGGCGCCAUGUUCCUUUCUGUCUUCUGUUGGAACGGAUACUUCUAUUCCUACUUGAUCGUCGUACACAGGCAAAGCAUUACGCAUGCUGGAUACAUCCUUAACGCCUUCUCACUCACCUCGUCCACCAUUAGCCCGCUUAUCGCGUGGUGGAUCCAUCGUUCCGGUAACUUCAAGUGGACGGCCGCCGCUGGUGUACCGAUCGUCCUGCUAGGUACCGCUCUGCUGAUCCCGUUCCGAAACCCAUCCACCAAUCCCGGUGUCCUUGCUUUCACUCAAGUACUUGUUGGUCUCGGAACGGCUUUCUUCGCCACCUGCGGCCAGCUCGCCGUCAUGGUACCCGUCACUCACCAGGAAAUCGCUGUCAUCAAUGCAAUUUGGGGUCUCUUCGGUAGUUUCGGUUCUUCCAUCGGAUACGCCAUUGCUGGUGCCAUGUGGAACAACAUCCUUCCUCAACAAUUGCUCCAGCGUCUACCUGAGUCCAGCAAGGCGGAUUACAGAGAGAUAUUUGGCAGUAUUGUGAUUCAGAGUUCAUUCCUUGACGGUACGCCGGAGCGGGAUGCCGUUGUUGGUGCUUAUGGCGACGUGCAACGUAAGAUGGUCAUCACGGGUGCUUGUUUUGUACCGCUGUGCUUGGCUUGUAUUUGGGUUUGGAAGAACACCAACGUCAAGAAACUUGAGGAGGAGGAGGGCAAGCAGACCAAGGGCAACUCUAGUGGUAUGAUUCUCGCUUAG